CUGCGCCACGCCCGGGAGUCUGGAAGUCUGGAACUCGGGGUGGGAUUGGCGGCGCAUGCUCCUUCGUGGUCACUGCUUGGAUUGCGACAUAUACUGUUUAGAAGUGCUAGUUAGGUGCCCGCGAGGUGCUCGUAGGAAUGCUCUGCCGUGCGGUUGAUGAGGUCAAGUCAAAUAUGACAACCAAUGGCAUGAAAAGGGUCUCAGUUCAAAGGGCACGCGGAAGUGGUGACCCGUCGGAGAUUUGUCCAGGUUCUAGAGGGGGCUGGUCUUAAGAAUAUUGCCAACUAGGAGUAAACAACCCUAAGUACUUACCAAUAGCAUUGGAGGGGUCCAGUUAAUACUUUUGCAAAUUGUAGGCCAGCAGAGUGAGGCAUGUAGUAUUACCUUACGAUAUUAAUUUUCAAACGAGUACUGCCAAAAGGUACAACCAUAUAAGGACAUGAUGCUUUUUGUUUUGUUUUGAGAAACAACAUAACAGUUCGAACAGCCCAGAUAACAACAGAAUUGCUGAACACAUGAACACAGGAUUGGAGAUAAAAUGUAACACCAGUUCACACUUGUUGCAUAAUCUCGAACUGCUCCCAAUUAGAGUUUGGACUUUGGAGUGGGACAAAAUUUUGAAUUUUGGAUGCCAGGGGAUAGGCAUUGGGAGGGGGAUGAAAAUAAUGCCAAUGUAUUAGAAUAAGUAAAAUCAUUUGCUCCUUGUUAUUGGUGUGCUGGCAUUGUGUACUUGGUAAGUCGGAGGAAGCUAGAAUAAUCUUGAGAACUCAAGGGUCUUGAGUUUGAAUCCCCUUUCCCUUAUUUAUCUUUUUCUUAUUCUUUUCACAACAGUUCCCACAUGUGACUAAGAGGGGAGGGAGGGGGUAGUAAACUCACCACCAACUCUGAAAUUUUAGAAGCAAGAAAGAUGAUUUCCAUGGAUAUCUGCUAGAACUACUACUACUUUAGGUUGGACCUGGACUUCAGCAAGCAUAUCUGGUAGAACUACCAUUAUAAGAGGAUAAUACUACUCAACUCUCAGUCCUCAUAUCAGAAUUCAGAUGACACAAAUCAAUGUGGGCUGCCAAUAUCCCAGUAUCGCUACAAGGAGAAAUGCUAUAAGCUGGAUUCUUUUGGAAAUAUCUGUGGAUUUUGAGGUUGAUGUGAACCAUCUUGAUUCCAAUAUAGGACUUGCAUCUGGAUUGGAAACUAUUUGUGGGCAGGCCUAUGGAGCAGAGCAGUAUCAUAAGCUAUCCUUGUAUACCUACAGGUCCAUAAUUGUACUUCUUAUUGUGAGUGUGCCCAUUGCCAUUUUAUGGGUCUUCAUUCCAACAGUACUUCCUCUCAUAGGUCAGGAACCACAAAUAGCAAAUGAGGCCGGGAAAUAUGCAUUAUGGCUUAUCCCUGGUUUGUUUGCCUUCAGUGUUGCUCAAUGCUUUUCAAAGUUUCUGCAGUGUCAAAGCCUGAUCUUUCCUAUGGUUCUUAGCUCCAUGACUACACUCGUUGUAUUUAUUCCUUUGUGCUGGUUCAUGGUUUAUAAAGUUGGAAUGGGUAAUGCUGGAGCUGCUUUAUCCGUCAGUAUCUGCGAUUGGGUUGAAGUGACUGUUCUUGGUCUUUACAUUAAGUUCUCACCUUCUUGUGAGAAAACACGUGCUCCACUUUCGUGGGAAGCUUUUAAAGGGAUUGGCAGUUUCAUGCGGUUGGCCAUACCAUCGGCCCUUAUGAUUUGCCUUGAGUGGUGGUCUUACGAGCUGCUCGUUCUGCUUUCUGGGAUCUUGCCAAAUCCAGCACUUGAAACUUCAGUGCUUUCUAUAUGCAUAUCUACAGUAGUACUAUUGUACAAUCUCCCAUACGGUAUUGGAACAGCUGCAAGUGUGCGCGUUUCAAAUGAACUAGGUGCUGGCAACCCAGAAGGUGCCCGCAUGGUAGUCAGUGUUGCUUUAUCCAUAAUAAUUUGUUCAGCAGUGUUGGUGAGUACAACUCUUCUAGCAUUGCGCCACUUCAUCGGAAUUGCUUUCAGCAACGAGGAGGAGGUUAUAAAUUAUGUCACCAGAAUGGUACCCGUUCUUUCCGUUUCAGUUAUCACGGACAGCUUCCAGGGAGUCCUUUCAGGUGUUUCUAGGGGCUGUGGAUGGCAGCAUUUAGGCGCCUAUGUAAACCUCGGUGCAUUCUAUCUUAUUGGCAUUCCUACUGCUCUUUUUUUCGGUUUUACUAUGAAUCUAAGGGGAAUGGGGUUUUGGAUUGGCAUGAUAGCUGGUGGGGCCACACAGGUCACUCUCCUCUCUGUCAUUACUGCUAAGACAAACUGGAGCAAGAUGGCUGACAAGGCAAAGGAGAGAGUAUUUGAGGAAAGACUUCCGACACAAGCAGCACUCUAAUUGCGUUCACAAAAUAAUGCCUAGUUGCGUCCUCAAAAUUUUCAUGCACUGUACGUUUUUUCUUUUUUUUGAGAGAGAAGGGGGUAUUCAAAGUCUUCCUUUGGCCUUGAAUUGCCGCAAAUUUUGGAGUGGCUAUAUAUUCUGAUACUAUAACUAGUGUUGAUUAUUUCUGUUUUUGCUUUAGAAAAACAAGCUAGACAUAUCCUGCUUUCAUAGUGAAUAAAAGAGAGUAAACUGUCAA